AUGCUGACCGAGAACCCCACAAAAAGAAAGCGCUCUAAAGAAAAUCAAAGAGUCCUUAAUAAGAAGAAAAGAAUGGAAGGCCAGAAAUAUGUGGGGUUUCGUAAACCAAGAGGGCAAAAAAAUACAUUUAAUGAUACAGAAAGAAGCGAAAGAAAAUUAUUACCCAGAUGUAAUUGCAGCAAAAAAGACACUAAAGUCACAAAUUCGACGAAGAAAUGUUAUGAGAUUACCGAAGCAGAUCGACAGGAAAUAUUUACAAAUCUAUGGUCUAAAAUGAACUGGGAUCAAAGAAAAGUUUUCGUGUCUAACACCGUCUUCAACCGUGAAGCUAAACGUAAGACUACUGAAUGA